AACGUUUCAGAAAGAGCGAACCAAGUUUAGUAUAUUUCGUUCUGCGCGCUGCGAGUGUUAUUUCCAGUUUUGUUUUCUAUUUCUUUAUUUUCAAACGAUUUAUGUGUCAAUGAGAGUUCUCCAGUUCUUGGUUAAUUCCAAAUUUCAUCAGGUUGUUAGCUUAGAGAAGAACUUGUGCACCAAAAAGGGUAGCAGGAGAGGAAACUCGGGCAACAGGAAGGAACUUCAAGUUCUGACUCAAAUCCACCACGUGCCCUAAAGCGAUAGGCCGGAAAACGAGGCCUUAUUAGUGUUUACUCAUUAACAGCUGCGAGCAUAUCAUUUUUUAGUGAUUUAGACUCAUUUUCGUGUUUCAUCGUUCAACAUGGUUCAAAGCGCAAAAUACUCGUCACUGUCAAAACAGUUACCCAACAACUGGGAUAUUUCUAA